AGUUGUCAUUAUUUCUUCAACUUCGUCUCUUCCCCCAACGUGUAUUAUUAGUAUACCUGCGCGCCUGUCUAUAUUGCGCAACUUCCCUAACAACCUGACUCAGUAACCUAGGAUAUCAAGGUUCUGACCAACUCAGAACGCUAUUUUCGUCUGUUCCUUUGUCUACGAAAUACCUGGCAAACAUCUUUUAGGUCACCACCGCUUUCAAGUUCCACGCGCACGCACAUACACACACACACACAUACAUGCCGAAAUCUUCGCCAAUUCCUCAACUCUCUUCUUUCCUCAACUAAACUCGACCUUCAUUCAAAAAGUUAGCGACUAGCCGAGUACCACACCCUCAACCACAACCUCAACCACAACCAAACCUCCAUAUCACAUCGCCACCUUGUACCAUUCCAUCAGAAUGGCGGACAAUCUCUGCGGUCCUUCGACUGCUCCCAAAUCGCUAUCCCGACACUUUGAACAGGACCGUUCUCUACAGCAAGACCGAUUCGCUUCUUCUGCCGGACCCUCGAGCGGCGUUCACGAUGCGACGCAGCGCUUCCGCAGCCUUAACUUGGGCGACAACAGAUUCACGUCGGAAUUCUCGGAAUUCCAGAAUGCAUCCUUCAUUGAUCUCUCCCCUGACGUUAGAAAUUGGAACCAUAAUCACCAAUUAGUCCCUUACCCAUCCUUUGGUAACGACGAUGCCUUCUCGCCCAUUGAUCGCGCCAACGUUUCAACGCGCCCUAGAGUUGCCGCCGAGCGCUUCAAUACCUCCUCCCGAACUGGCGCUGCCGCCGCCGCCGCCUUCCCUACCAUGCCCAUCAUGUCUACCCCUGUAGGCCCUCCCACCACGACUCAUGUCCCGAACCUCAUCGCUCAACGUCGUACAGACUGGGCCAACGAGUUCAAUCAGAGGAUGGCCGGUCGCAAUUUCAACCAGAUGAACCAAAGCUUCGGUCCUCCCGGACAGGCAUUUAGACCUACGAACAUCUAUGAUGAAAACAUGUUACGACAGCGUAUGGCCAUCCGCCCUGAUCAGGUCCCCGGCUUCAAAGACGAUCUCGACUUUGACGCCGAGCUACGCGCCUGGGCAGCUGCCAACAGUCCCGAGACGCAAGCUCAAGCCAACGCGUGGCUUCGUGUCGAGGAUGCCUCUGCAGACAGCCGUGUCCGCAACACCCAGGCUACUACGCAGUCGGCUGAUUCUCAUCAACUUACCAUGCAGAAUCUGACUGCUCUCGAGCAAGAGUCUGUUCCGGCAGCCGAGCACACCCGGAGCAAUUUAGCCGAAUCAACAGCUGAGAUGGAGAAGCAGGCUCAGUCUCGAGGAAAAGAGGACUCGGAACUAGCCAUGGCCGCGCAGCAGAUCCUAGAUUCCGUCUCGGGGGACAAGUCUGAUAAGUUUAAGAACUCUGGCUUCAUUCAGAUGAUGCAGAAGAUUGCGGCGCAGGAACUAGUCGUUCGGGAUAACAACUUAGUUGAAUCUUCCCAGACGAUCGCUAACUAAAUUGAUAUUGAUUGCUAAUACCGACACCGAGGCGCCGCCACUAAAAGAAAAGGUGGCGUUGAAGCCCGUUGCUGUCGAAGACUCAUUUUCAUGAGUAGAGCUAGGACUGAUUAAGGAGCGAGAUGCUUUACAGGCACGCGUUGAUUUUUACCAGUAUGUAGAAAUAACAUACAUUAUGAUACCCUACAGUGUUGUAUU